CUUGACCACCCAAGGUUCCUCUUCUCCUCAAGAGCAAGCUGGUCAUCCUCCCUUGUCACGGACUCGUAUUCCCCAGCAUCGUCAUCGGCACUCGUUUAAACGACGAGAGAGGACUCAGGCUCAGAAGCGACCACCCCCACCCAAGAUGAAGCAAUUUGUCGCUAAGCCUUACAAGGAACCGGAACACAAGCCUGAGAAUCCCAAACCCAAGCCGAAACCCAAGCCGAAACCCAAGCCCAAGCCGAAAUCACUGUCGACAUCGGCAGUGACGAAGGAGAAACUAACAAUCACUCGGUUAAUGACCUAUCAGCACCCGACGACCUCUUUGUAUCUUGGUACUUUAUUGGCCAAUGUCAAGCGCGCACUUCCGAAUCAAGACGGUCUGCAACAAGAGGUGAUGGCUAUCCAUCAGAAGGCUCCGAGCGAAGCGGCACGCAUCAAGCGCCAGUGCCAGAGGUUGAUCGGGGAGUACAUCGAACACUUGGUCAAGAAAGGACUUGAAAGCCUGGAUGCCGAGGAGCGGAAGUUUUUGGAUCUUCUCUGUCCGAGAGUCAGUAUGAAGGAUGUCAAGGAUGAUGCCGAUGAUGCUAUGGAGGAUGACGAGGACAGGGACGAGAUUGUUAGCGUUAUGGGGGAGGACGAUGACGAAGAGGAUGAUGGCGAUGAGGACGACACAGAUCUGGAAGGAUCAGGCAAGGAUGACAAGGAGCAGCGGCAGUUCCUUUCGAACUUUUUAACACACCUGUACUCCGGCAACUUCCCGAAAUCUGCUGGUAUCGGGAUCAAGGUCGAUGCGUUCAUCUCUCGUCUUGAAGGUCUUGAUCUGUACACUCCACCGCGGACUUGGUCAGAGAUAAACAAAACUCUGCCAUUUACUCCCAAGGACCUGGUGCGAUCUGUAGUCGGACAGUUGAAAGCCGAGCUAAAAAGGAUGUAUAAGAAGGGAACUUGUGAUCUACACAAGACGCUGAAGAAGAGGGCGAGCAAGGGGUUGCUGAAGAGGUCUAACGAGGAAAUUCAGAUUCGGGGUGAUAUAUCAGCAGUUGAAAACUACGUCGCGCUGAACAAAUUGACCCAGAACCCCCGAGGGAUUGCGCCCAUGACUACGUCGAAGCAACCCUACAUCGGAUUUACCGAGAGGGAGUUGGCUGGAUUUUACUUCAAGAGUGGAGGAAAGCUGAAGGAGAGGCUUGUGGAGCUGGUGUCCAAAGAUGGAGGCCUCGCUACUAUACCAGGGAUACAAUGGUGGAUAGGCGCAAAGGAGCCAGGUUUCUUGUUCAAACACUUUGUCGCCGAUAUCGAUCCACAGAAUUUGACGAGUCGCCAGAAAGGAAAGGCUGGUCAUCGAGCUGCGAUCAAGUUGUGGUCCCUCGAUGCUCUCAGGAGCCACUUGCAAAAGUUGGAGGAGCCCGGAUUCCAGCCAGGAGAAUAUGCCGAGAAAGGGUAUAUUUCAAGGGGCUCGUUGCUGACGGAUGGUUUUGAACUGUAUCUGCUCGGCUUCAAGUUGAGGGAACUGCAAUGUGUGCGGUACAGGAGACUGCCGGCGGAUCGCCUGCCACCACGGAUCACGUCCACGGUCGGAGGGGUGGACUACUAUUUGCAGGAAAUUCGGCAUGUUAUCCAGACCAAGGAGGAUGUUGCAUGGUUGUGGCCCGAGAUCGACCCUCACGAUAUCAAGAUCCUCACGCUCAAUGCUAGACAAGCGUUUGUGGUGGGUGCAUAUGCAUAUCUACCGGAAGAUCCAGAUGCUCACUAUAACCUCACCGUCAACCAAAAGGCGGUACUCCAACCAGUGUUCCGGUACAGGAGGUGGUUAAAAGGAGAAAAGGAAGCGACUCCCGACAAGCAAAUAGAGUCGAUUGCUCAAACCGAAUCCCAACCACGGCUAGAAGGAGAAAAGGAAGCGACUCCCGACAAGCAGAAAGAAUUGAUUGCCCAUAUCGAAUCCCAACUUCCACCCCUCCGAGGUCCAGGAGCCAAUCUCUUUGAUUACGUUAAGGAGCUGGAGAAGGUCGAGGAGCGGCUCUCCGAGUUUUACAACGGGAAAAAGAAUCGAUUCAAGAAGCAUGCUUUGGACAUGGAGAGGGCCAAGCAAGCGGAAUACCAGGCUAUUGCAGCGAGUCUGCUCGGUAUCUUAGGCGGAAGCAUCGGCCGACAUCGGAACCCUGCAAAUCCAGUGUUAAUCGGAGUGGGUCUUGGACGAUUCAAGAGCACCGGGCGCCUGUCAUCGCUCCAUUCUUCAUUUUUGGCACGUUUAUUCCUUUAUUUUUAUCAAGGUGCGGUCGUUGGGCUAUAUCGUAGUUGGACUAAACGGAUACUACACUUCGAAAAAGUGCCCCGAUUGCGAAAACUUUGUGGCCCAGUGUUAGCUUUUGUCCCUUGACACCCACCCCGCCUAACAAUUUUAAUCGGGCACAAUUUUAUGUGAAAGGCACAAUAUAUCCGGACCAGAAGAGACCUCUUUACCUACAGCCCAGGACGGCAGACGGCGGGUACCCUGUAAUUUUGUCAUGAAAACAGGACUAUCUAGGCGCUAUCUACGUCAUUUGGCGCUGGUUCCAACAAUCGCCCCUUCGGCCAUCUCUUGCCCUGGACUUCUUGACUCCAUCCAUGGUUAUCUACCAUC